AUUUCUAUGUUUAAGUUACAAGAGUGGGGAGUGGCACUUGCAUUCAAGAAGUGCAGGAAUAAAAAAUCAGAAUCAGAAGUCAGAACUUACAGGCAAGGCAGCAACCAGCCAACCACCAACAAAUCAACAAUAACCAGAUUCUAAGAAUUCAAAUCCAAGAAUCCUCUCAAGAUCUAGAGAAGAGAACCACAGAAAUGGGUGGUAAACGCGGUGGUUCAAAUGGGUCAAAACGGAGCAAAUGGUUGUCCCAGAAUCCCAGCAAAAGAUGGGGAGAGUUGUUCUUCCUUCUUUAUACUCCUUUUUGGUUAACUCUCUGCCUCGGCAUUGUCGUCCCUUUCAAAUUAUAUGAGAAUUUCAAAGAGUUGGAGUACUUGCUUUUGGCUAUGAUUUCAGCUGUACCAUCAUUUGUUAUUCCAUUGCUUUUUGUUGGCAAGGCUGAUAAAGGCACUCCAUUGAAGGAUCGUUAUUGGGUGAAGGCCAGCAUCUGGAUUGUGCUUUUUAGUUAUGUGGGGAAUUACUUUUGGACCCACUACUUCUUCAAAGUAUUAGGAGCUUCAUAUACCUUCCCAUCAUGGAGAAUGAAUGAUGUGCCACACACAACUUUCCUGUUGACUCAUGUAUGUUUCCUCCUCUACCAUGUUGCUUCAAAUAUGACACUUCGAAGAUUACGCUAUGCUCUUGCUGAUGUACCUGAAAAAAUUCGAUGGUUGAUGGAGGGUGCAUGGAUACUAGCACUAUCUUACUUUAUUGCUUACUUGGAGACUAUAGCAAUUGCGAACUUUCCAUACUAUGAUUUUGUAGACCGAGAUGCCAUGUACAGAGUUGGAUGCUUGUUCUAUGCAAUCUACUUCAUCGUAAGCUUCCCAAUGUUUCUAAGAAUUGACGAGAAACCUGGAGACAAAUGGGAUUUAGCAAGGGUUGGCAUUGAUGCUCUAGGCGCUGCAAUGCUUGUUACGAUAAUACUAGAUUUGUGGCGUAUUUACUUGGGACCUAUAGUUCCGCUUCCUCAGGAAAAGCAGUGUGCUCAAAUCGGGAUGCCUUGGUUUUCGGAACAUCCUAUUUCUGCUUGACAUCUUGUUAUCCACAAUUUCUGAGGUCAAACAAGAAUAAGAAGAAAAUGUUGUACAACUCGGAUUUCCCCCCUUUUAUAACUAUACUCUUUGGCGGCAAAUUUCUUCUUUAUUUAGGGUUCGAAUCCAUUUGUGAAAUUGCAAAGCUCGUGUGGAGAAAUCAUCUUGAACAAUUCGAUAAUUUAUUGAAACACGCCAACAUCUGAGGUUGUUUUAGUUGCAUUGCGCAUCUACCACUCGAUCUUGACAAUGUAGAGAUGUUAAUGGGCAAUAACUCUUGUAUUGAAGUCCUUGGAAUAGGGCUAGUAGAACCAAUGUUUAGUUCGGAAAAUGCAUUAGUCCUUACUCCUUACGGGCGUUUUAUAUGCUCCCGAAAUAGUGAAGACUACACGCUAUCUAAUAGAUUGAGAUUUAAGCUUGUGUUUGAGACUGUUCAAUGUAUUAUAUAGAAAGCGGGGAAAUUUUAGGUACAUGUUGAUGUUAUAAUGCAAAAAAAUUGUUUUAGCCUUCACUUUGUAAUAACAAUGUUUCUGUUUUGAAUAUCAAUCAAUGUGAAGUUUCCAUUGGCAAUCUCAUUUUGCCUAAA